AAUCUUUGUAAAGUCAUCACAAUUUUUAUUUUUUUUGCAUUCACCCUUUCCUAUCUACUGACCCGUCUCCACCUCCGCCCAAUCUCGCCAUCUCCACCUCCGCCCAAUCUCGCUAUCUCCACCUCCAUCUCUCAACGCACCACCCCAUCUGUUCCACGCUUCGUAAUUUGAAUCUCAGGUUAAGGAAAGAUGGGUGAGAGGAAGGUUUUGAACAAAUACUACCCGCCUGAUUUUGAUCCGGCCAAGCUUCCUAGAGUAAGAAGACCUAAAAAUUUACAAAUUAAAGUUCGUAUGAUGCUUCCCAUGAGCAUUCGAUGCAACACCUGCGGCAAUUACAUUUAUAAAGGAACAAAGUUCAAUUCGAGAAAGGAAGAUGUUAUCGGCGAGACAUAUCUAGGAAUCCAGAUUUUCAGAUUCUAUUUUAAAUGCACCCGGUGCUCUGCCGAACUUACUAUGAAGACUGAUCCGCAGAAUUCUGAUUAUAUUGUUGAGUCUGGUGCAACCCGAAAUUUUGAACCUUGGCGGGCAGAGGAUGAGGAAACUGAUGAAGUGAAAAAGAAGAGGGAAGCUGAAGAAAUGGGAGAUGCUAUGAAGUCCUUAGAGAAUCGAACCCUUGAUUCUAAAAGAGAGAUGGACAUUCUUGCUGCACUGGAUGAGAUGAAGUCAAUGAAGUCCAGGCAUGCAACUGUCAGUGUUGAUGAAAUGCUUGCAGCCUUGCAACGGACAGCAGCAGACAAGGAGAAAAGAAUCGAAGAAGAAGAUGAAGCCCUUAUAAAAUCAAUUUUCUCUAAUAGUUCAGAAGUUUCGAUCAGCAGGAUUCGUGAUGAAGAUUUUGAAACUGAGGAGGAAUUGUUUCAGCUUUCAAGUGGAGAUGGUGAAACAUCCAAUGACAAUCCUAAGAGGCAAAAAAUAUCAGAAGAUCAUCUUCCAGGAAAAGCAACUGACACUUUGACAAAAGCCAGUUUGGACGACUCCGGCAAAGAAGAAAAAAUGAGCAGCAGUCGAGGAAAGCCUAAUCCAUUGGUGACGAUUUCUGUUAUUAAGAAACCAGGGACCUCCAAUGUUAAAAGCCCUGCAGAACCCAUCGAGAAGGAGAAAGAGGAAGAUGAUAAAACAAAUACUACUACUGGACUACUAUCGUUGUGCCAAAGUUAUGGAAGCGACGAUGAUUAGUUGUCAUGAAUAUUUGGAAUGACUAUAUUCAACAGUUUCUUCCAAUGGAUUGUAAAAUAAUAUGAUUUUUAGAAUUUAGAUUCUUCAAUUUCAAAUUCUUGCAGAAUUUCCUGCUGUCAUCUUUUUUAAGACCAAUGGAAAUGAGGAAGAAAAUAGAAUAUGCUUUAUUGGCUUUUUUCCCUUUAAGACCAAGGGAAAAACAAUAUUGAAAGAAGUUAUGAUAAUUUCAACUGCUUUAUACAA